AUGGAUGUUAACAGCUUCAAAUUUUAUGAUUCUUCUGCCAUUCUUGAUGCUGCUAUUUUUGGGGAAGGAACUGUGUGGGAUUUAGUUCCCCUCAGUUCCAAAGCAACAAUGUAUCCUCAUCAGCGUGAAGGAUUUGAGUUCAUGUGGAGAAAUAUUGUUGGAGAUAUGAAUCUUGAGAAGCUGAAAGAGCCUAUAUCUGGUAAUAGGGGAGGAUGCAUAAUCUCACAUCCACCCGGCACAGGAAAAACCCGCCUCACUAUAGUAUUUCUUCAGGCAUUUUUGAAGCAGUUUCCAAAGUGUCGGCCUGUAAUCAUCGCUCCAUCAAAUUUGCUUCUUAACUGGGAAGCUGAGUUCCAAAAAUGGGAGGUCGACAUUCCCUUCCACAACUUGAACAGCAAAGAGUUCUCGUCCCAGGAAGAUGAAGCCACUAUUAGUGUCUUCCACUGUUUAUCCCAUGCCGGAAAAAACAAUCCACAGCUUAUACGUAUGGUGAAGCUGAGAUCCUGGGCUAAAAGUACGAGUGUUUUGGGAAUUAGCUACGACUUGUUCAGGAUUCUCACAGGAGAAGAUGGGGAUGGUUAUGUCAAAGAGACCAGAAAUAUACUUCUAAAAUUACCCGGUCUUCUGGUCCUUGAAGAAGGGCACACUGCUCGAAAUGAGCAGAGCCUCGUCUGGAAAGCUUUGAAUAAGGUUGAAACAGAGAAGCGCAUACUGUUGUCUGGAACUCCCUUCCAGAAUAACAUUAAAGAGUUGUACAACACCCUAUGCGUAGUUAGUCCAAAGUUUGCUGCAGAUUUGGAGCAGAGAUGGGCUUCUCUUAGCAGUUUUGUUGAUAAGAAUGUCCGAGCAUUGGAAGAGCUUAGGGAUAUGAUUUCACCUCUAGUCCAUAAAUGCAGUGAAAAUGUAAAGAAGGUAAGCCUUCCAGGUAUAAGGGAUGUUGUGAUACACUUGAAGCCCACAGAUUUGCAGAAGGAGAUGCUUAGAAGAAUUCCAGAGAAUCCAGGCUCCUUUUAUGAUCAAAAUAUGGUGUCUCUAAUUUCUGUCCAUCCUUCAUUAGUGGCAAAGAAGAAGGAGUUCUCUGACUUAGAAAGUCAGCUAAAAGAAAGAGAAUGUCGGUUGGAUCCAGAUAAUGGAGUUAAAAUGAAAUUUGUUGUUGAACUAAUCAGACUCUGUGGGGGCUUGAAGGAGAGGGUUAUAAUAUUUAGCCAGUUACUUGAUCCUCUAAACCUGAUCAAGGAGCAACUCAGUGCUCUCUUUGGCUGGACUUUAGGACAAGAAAUUCUCUACAUGGAUGGGAAACUUGAUGUAAAGCAGCGGCAGAUAUCAAUAAAUUCUCUUAAUGACCCUAAGAGUGAUGUAAAAGUGCUGCUUGCAUCAAUAAAAGCCUGUUCAGAAGGGAUAAGUCUUAUAGGGGCAUCAAGAGUGGUUAUGCUUGAUGUUCUCUGGAAUCCCUCAGUAGAACAGCAAGCCAUCAGCCGAGCCUACAGGAAUGGUCAGACUAAAUUUGUGCAUGUAUACUGUCCAGUGACAUCAAAAUGGGAGGUUGACAAGAUCGAGCAGCAAACCAGAAAAAAAUAUCAUUCGGAUGUAAUUUUGUCUAGGAAUGAAGUCAAGAUGGAUCCUUCAUGUUCUUUGUCAGAGGAUACCAUACUAGAAUCCAUGGUUAAGCAUGCGAGCCUCUGUCAUAUUUUUGAAAAACUAUCUCGUGCACCACGUGUGGUGCCUAACUACAUGCUUUAA